CCCGAGGAGCUGCAAGUGCGGGCGGGCUCCACGCUUCGUAGCCAAGGCGGAACGCUCCACCGAGUGGCGGCGAUUAAAUGCUACCCUGGAUACUCCAAUUCCGAGUUCUGGAAAAACGACAUUGCCCUCAUUCGAUUGAGCGAACCUCUCGAGUUCAGCGAUCGAGUGCGGAGCAUCCCCUUGGCCGGGGAAGACCCCGAGGCUGGCGCCCAGGCAAAGAUCACCGGCUGGGGCUGGACCUUCAAGAAUGGCGCCAUGCAAAUCCCCGACAUCCUGCAGGGCGUGGCGAUACCCAUAGUGAGCAGGGCGUGCUGCCAGCUGAAGUAUCCCGAAUUUGGCAUCACAGAAGCCGUCAUUUGUGCCGGCACUAGUCACAAAUCCACACUAUUCGAGGACUCCGGUGGCCCCCUGACCGUGAACAAGCAGCUGGUGGGCGUCGUCUGUGGUGGGCGGUACGGCUCUCCUAUAAUGUAUUCCAGUGUGAUCUAUCACAAGGAUUGGAUUCUAGGUGCAAUCGAAGCGCUUUCCUGAAGGAAAAUCACAAACAGGAAACGGGAAUUUCAUAUUUUGGGCUCAUUUAUUGGAUAUUUUUGCCAAAAAGGUAACCUUUUAGCUCUAAGAAACCGAAAAUAUAACC